AAUCAAGAUUUUUUCACUUAUAAUGGCUUAGCUUCAAAGCCAAGCAGCAGACUCUAAGGCUCCUGGAGAAAAUUAUUCAAGAAAAUGAUAGGAACUCUGUAUACCAUCCACAAAAUGAUGGCACACUACAGAGUCGACUCACCAUUACGUAUCCACUACUCAUAAACAAACAAAUGCUAGACUCUCUUUUUCUUAUAUCCACCGAAUUAUCACUCGAAACUGCCUUUCCUUCAAAGUUAAGCACCGCAGGAAACUCCACAGUAGUGAUUCUCAUAGUUUAUUUUUACUCAUCAUGAUAACGUUCUACCACUCUUUCCUGAAAAUAACAUCAUACACCUAACACACAAGUGUUAACAAAAGAGAGCUUGCUGCUGCCUCGAUCCUUCAAGCCUGUGCCAUCCCUUUGUCUUGUUCAUCAUUCUUCCACCGAAAUGCCUCUCUUGUUCGCCCUUGUCCUCUUCCUUUUCUCCUUUCAUGUUCGAACUGCAUUUUCUGCUCAUUGCAGCAUCACCACACCCACUAAGACCUUUGAAAAAUGCAUGACACUCCCUACCCAGCAAGCCUCGAUAGCUUGGACAUUUCAUGCCCACAAUGCCACCCUAGACCUUGUAUUUUCUGGUACCUUCAUCUCUCCUUCCGGUUGGGUAGGGUGGGGAAUCAAUCCUUCCUCUGCUGAAAUGACCGGUACUCGUGCUCUGAUUGCCUUUCCAGACCCCAAUUCAGGUCAGCUAGUCCUUUUACCUUUUAUUUUAGACCCAACAGUAAAGCUUCAAAAAUCACCACCCCUCUCUCGCCCUCUAGAUAUCCACCUUCUAUCCUCCUCUGCCACCCUCUAUGGUGGCAAAAUGGCCACUAUACACAAUGGUGCCGCCAUUCAAGUUUAUGCCACAUUAAAACUUGUACCAAACAAGACCAAAAUUCACUUCGUGUGGAACCGUGGACUAUACGUUCAAGGUUACUCCCCAGCUAUCCAUCCGACGACCUCCAAUGACCUAUCUUCCAUUGCCACCAUCGAUGUCUUGUCUGGUUUCAGUGCUGCCCAUAGAGAUGAUACCAGGACAUUAAAGAUAGCACAUGGAAUCUUAAAUGCUAUCUCAUGGGGUGUCUUACUCCCAAUUGGAGCUGCGACUGCAAGAUAUUUGAGGCACAUACAAGCACUAGGGCCAACAUGGUUUUAUGUACAUGCAGGGAUACAACUUUGUGCUUUUAUCAUAGGAACUGUAGGGUUUGCCAUUGGAAUUAGACUUGGGGAAUUAUCACCGGGAGUGGUUUAUGGGCUACACAGGAAGCUUGGUUUCGCAGCAUUUUCCUUUGGGGCUUUGCAAACACUAGCACUGUUGUUUAGGCCUAAGACCACUAAUAAGUUUAGGAAGUACUGGAAAUCUUACCACCAUUUUGUAGGGUAUGCUUGUGUGGUGCUAGGAGUUGUGAAUGUUUUUCAAGGAUUUGAAGUAAUGGGAGAGAGCAGGUCUUAUGCAAAGUUAGGAUAUUGUCUGUGCCUAUCAACAUUGAUAGGAGUUUGUAUAGCUUUGGAAGUGAAUUCUUGGGUGGUUUUUUGCAGAAAAUCGAAAGAAGAGAAGCUGAGAAGAGAAGGAUUGAUUAGCUGUGGGUCUGGAAAAGGAAGUGGGAUCCAUGGUUAAGAAAUUAACCUCUGAAUUCCAUAAAAAAAGAAAAGAAGAAGAAGAAGAAGACUAUAUAUAUAGCGAUUGGGAUUUUGAAUGGUGCUUUUUGCAGGCCAAAAAUUUGUUCGUUUUUCUUUUUGCGUCAUCUAGGUGUACAUUAAUUAUUUUCGAGCCUUUUAAGAAUGCUCUGCUCUUGUGUUUUAUAUUUUUCAUCGGUUUAUGAAAGAAAAUAAUUCAUUUUUGGUGGUGUUA